AUGGCGUACACGCAGUCCCAGAGCAUGAAGAAGGAGUUUGCGCUUCCAAUGGUGCCUGGCAUGACAUGUGGAGAGGAGAUGCUGCGACGGAAUUACCAUCGCGUGCAAAUUCACGGGGAGAAGUAUGAUACGAUCACCUCCACCAAAAGCGUGCCCAUUGAUAUGACUAGAAGCAAUAUGGAGAAAAUGUCCACUGCCUUCACGGCUGGCGAUGGCACACUUGCCAACGCCACGGAGUCCGGGCGGUGGGAUGCCAGCCGCCGGAAGAGCAACAAGACGGACCUCAGUGGACGGGUGCUGCGCUUUUACGGUUACACGAAGGAGCAGGUACCGGAGAGUGCUGUAGAGCGGGAACGUGUGCGCAAGGUUGUGCUCAACGUUUUCUUGGAGGACAACACCAUGAGUGUGACAGAGCAGAGCCCGGAUAACUCGGGGUUUGCCUUCCCCCUGGCGCUUAAGCGUCACAUUGUCCCCAUGCACGAUGGCACACCCAUCACCUUUGCCCAUUUCCGCGUGGGGGACACAAUCACGUUCUACGGUCGCACGUACAGGUUGUACGACGCUGACAAAUUUACCCGCGAUUUCUUCAAGGAGGGAGGCGUGGAGCUCGAACCCGCGCAGGAGGUGCCAAUUGACGCCUUUACUCUACAGCGUAAUCGCCCCAUAGCGAAGGCGCACGACGUGCGCUCCGUGGCGGCAGACAGCCCGUUAAACAUUACCCUGUUGCCGGAGCAGGUGCGGGCGGCGCAGCAGUUUCUGGAGCACGACGGCGAAGUGUUACGCUGUGACUGCAUCUGGGAUGACACAGAGGCACUCCACGGCGUAAAGCACUUUUUUACCCUUUACUACUUUCUUGCGGAUGGCAGCAUCGCCGUGGUGGAGAAGGACUUCCCCAACAGUGGCCGAGACCCGUUUCCGCGGUACUUCCGUCGGCAGCGUGUGGCAAAGCCAACGGGGGAUGGCAAGUUUGACCCGCAGACGUUGGGAUCCAACGCGUUCAGAGAGGUCAAAAAAUCGGUGUACUAUACCGAUGAUGAUAUUCGCAUCGGAAAUGUCCUGCACCUCUACGGCCGUCCUGUGCUUAUUUGCGGCUACGACGAGUUCACACGGAACCACCUGCGCAAGAAAUUUGGCGUCACCGCGUACGAGCCGAUACCGGGAGGGAAGAAGCCACCGACGGUUCCCGUUGGCUGUCAGAGGCGUGAGAAGACGGCUCAGGAGUUGGAGGAGAUGCAGGAACGCAAGCGUACAGAAAGCCGCCUGCGCAAAUUUGCCGAUGGCGUGGUAAAAUUUCUUAUGCGCCUUGACAAUGCCAAGUACGACGACGAAAUUCGUCGGUUUGUCUUGGCCGUAUAUCCGGCCGAUAACACCAUCUCCAUUUUUGAGCCUGUGCAGCGGAACAGCGGCAUUGUGGGGGGAAGAUUUCUCCAGCGUCAAUGCUGUAGGCGCCCUGAUGGGGAGUUUUACAAGGCACACGACUUUUUUGUUGGGGCCCACGUAAACAUCAACGGUUUUCCGUUUGUUGUGCUUGCCUCAGAUGAACGGUCGCUGAACUAUAUGGAGACAAACUCACAGGAGUUCAAUCGCUCGGACAUUAACCGCAUCGUGCGAAAGCUUCGUGCGAUGCUUACAAGCAAGCAAACCGGUCUUGUUGAGGCCUUCCGCGAGGCAGACGAAGUGAACAAAGGCGGACUUCAGAUGGAAGUAUUCCUGGAGAUUAUGCGAAGGCUUCAAUUGGACAUCUCCGAGCAGGAGAUUCUGAGCAUUCUGCGCUACUUUGACAAGCACGAUGAGUCGUAUGUCUCCUAUGAAGAGUUCGUGGCACGUGUGAUGCCGGAUGGGGGCGUUGUUGCCUCUGAUGACCGCCCGUGGGAAGUGAUUGACAAGGAGAGCGCCGAAAAGGAGUCAGUCGCAUUUGUGAUGGACCCAAGAAUUGACGAGCAAAAGCGUACACGGGCUGAGGAGACCGCUUUGGCAGCGCGUGGGGCGGCAGAGUUGCUAGUGCUCUACGAUCAGCGCAGGCAGCUUGUGCUGAAGGAAUUUCGCGCCGUGGCGGAUUACUCCACGGAAAGCAUCAUUGGACCAAACGAGUUUAAGAUGUGUGUGCGGAAGAAGCUGCAGAUGAGGAGUAUGUCCGACGCUGAGCUUAACGCGCUUUGCGCAAAACUGUUUCCAAAGGACCUGCCGCGGCUCAGCCUGGAGGAGCUAAUUCGCUUGUUUAACGGCACGUCCUCUCUGCCGCGAAACCUGUGCGAGAUAAAGCAGGGUGUCUCCCGCUAG